AUGAGGUCAGAUCUGCCGGUUGAUAUGGGAUCUAGUUUCCGCCGUGCUGGGGAACGAUUGAGGUCCAUCGCAAAGAUGAAUCGCUGGGCGAAAACCCAGUAUGAAGGGAAAGUCGGCGAUACAGACACUAUCACCAACUGCUAUCUCCUCGCGCUACCGACCGAGCUGCUCCUAGAAAUUAUUUCUCACCUGUCGGUGCUGCCCGAAGCAUGUCUGGCGCUGACCUGUAAACGCCUCUACUCGAUAUGCGGUGCUACCCUGGGUGCCAAACCCCUCCAUUUCAGUCGAGACUUCGCACCACUUUUCCACCACUAUCGCAAUGGACACAAUUUCGUCACCCCACGCUGGCAAUUCAUAAACUUGCUGGAAGAUAACAGGUGGCGGGCAUGUUCUCGAUGCUUGAAGCUCCAUCCGAGGAGCUUCUUUCCCGCACGAGAGCUGAAACGAAAGUCCGAGGAUAGGUCAUGCAACCUAGGGAGUUCGGCAGGCAUAGUAGACCUAUGUCCUUGCAAGAAACUGACUUUCCAGGAUAAGAUGGAACUUGUUGAACUUUUGAGAGUACGAAGGAAAACCAUAACGGACCUGGCGGUCCAAUUUGGAUCCGGGAUGAAACAGCAGCGUUUCUGCUGGCAUAGUUGCACUGAGGACUACGGAUCAACACAGCUGGAUAUUGAGAUCUAUCCUGAGCUGGACGACGAAGACCAGUUGAAGAUUAAGACAGAGUACCGCUUGCGCACGGGUUCCGGCCAGCUCGGCAAGGAAGAGCACAUGACGCCGCGCUUUGGUUGUGCUCACCGGUCGGUUGACUUAUGGCUUUCGAGUGUAUGCCAGACCACUCUCUGUCGCCUUUAUGACAACCACUGCGCAUCCUGCAAGCGAAUAUCCGUAUGUAAUACGUGCAAUGCCUCACUGAGGUGUCCUCGCAAACAACCAUGUCGAGUCGACGAGGAAACGGGACAAGCAACAUACCACUUUUAUACUGAAAGGUGCCUUGGUGGACCGGGGCCUGUCCCAGAUCAGACAUGGGCCGCGCAACGAAUCCAUCCUGCGGAGAAUUUAAUCGAUGUCGCAAAUUGCAGUGAGCUAUGCCCGUGGACGAUCCGAGAACAUCCACCUCUGGAAGAAGCACCGUCUUUGGAUAUGAAUAUCCUCAACCCCGCUAUACAGGAUCAGUCGAUGAAUCAGCUGUAUACCUCGAUCAAGAGAGGGUUUUACGGCAAGACCCGGUCCAAUGCACAUGAUAUAAUGCUCCGUAUGCAGCUUCGAAAGAAUCCAUAUUCUAGACUUCUAGAUGAUGCGGGUUGUUCCGUCGAAGAACAGGGAGCUUCUCCCUACAUUCCCUUAUUGUCAUGCAGCAAGGAUAGCAAUCAAUCAGCCAACAGAGUGCAGUGGAUUGAUGAGCAUUGUCUGCGUCCUGGGGCGAUGAGCUACCCACCACCCCAUAACGGCCCAUAUCCUUCGCAGUACAUGCAGCAACCCCCCAAUCUGCCGCAUCACCAGCAGACCAUCCACCCGCAGCAGCUACUGUACAACAGCAAUGUCAAUACGAGCGCUUCGCCAUAUCAAUAUGGGAAGCCGGUGGUCUAUCCCCAGGUCAUGAUCCCGGCGUAUCCUGCUUACGCGCAGACGUAUAACCCGCAGCCGCCGCAACAACAGCAACCUCCACCACCACCACCUCAACAGCCUCCACCCCAGCAGCAGCCGCAACAGCAAUAUGUGAAUCCGUCGGAUCUAUUCAACCCACCACCGCUUGCUUCUACCUCGCCUCCUCAGUUCACCAAUAGUCCGUCCCAAUAUGCUGCACAACCAGCGGUGUCUGUUGCAGGCAACAGCCGCUCCCCAGUCCUCCCUACUUCUACCCCCGCCCGAUCCACGUACUAUUCCGCCCCGAGUCCAAAUCAAGCGAAUCAAACUCCCAACAAUUACCCUCAACCUACAUCUACUACGCCUUCAGUCCAAGUGCCACCUCCCGCUGCUGCGGCUGUGGCUGCGACUGCGUCUCCUGCCCCUGCUCCUGCUGCCAAACCAGUUGCUGCCAACCCUGUCCCCGUUAAGCCAGCCGCCGCCAAACCUGUCGCUCAGACUCCUCCAGCACCGUCCCCUAAGCCUGUCCAGGUGUUAAUCCCAGCUCCUACCCCAGAAGUGCAGCAGAAAGUUCAGCGCCCACCCAUCAAGAAGCAAGCGCAGCGACAAACUGGCCAAAAACCGACCCAAAAAUCAGCAGGCACGCCGAUCGACUAUCAAGUAUUGCUGUUGGCCAUGGCUGAUGAGUAUCUGAAUGCUGCUCACAGUCAUGGCACGUUGGUAGCCUUGUUAAGGCGGGAGAUGGAGAUGGACGAAUAUUACAAAUUAGUUGCUACAGGUCUUGGUUGCUUGGAAGCCGUUCUCAAGAACUGGCGACUUCAGCCCCGUGUUGAAGCUCUAGUCCGAUUACGUUAUGCCCGUAUAUUGUUUGAGGAAACAGACAACGACCUUGAAGCGGAGACAGCAUUGAGCAAGGGUAUUGACCUUUGCGAAAGGAAUCGGAUGCUUGAUUUGAAAUAUAGCAUGCAACAUCUGUUGGCGCGAAUGCUGUAUAAGACGAAUCCAAAGGCCUCACUGAAAGCUGUUGAUGGGAUGAUACAAGAUGUCGAAGCGUAUCGCCACUCCGCCUGGGAAUACGCUUUUCGUUUUCUUCGGGUGUCCCUUUCACUUUCCUCAUCGGCCCAUCAAGAUUCUGUGUCGGCACUACAGCACCUUCACAAGAUUGCCACCAUGGCUAGCCGCAAUGGUGAUAGGGCUGUCUCAGCCAUGUCUGCGAUAAUCGAAGCUCUCGCGCACCUCCAGCAAGGAUCCGGGUUUGACUCCGUCGAGCAAGCCCAGCGUGCGGUAGCCGUAGCGCGGAGUCACCAACUCAAUGAUGAACUCCGGCAUAUCCCACAGCUAACGACUUUAGUCCAAAUUGUCGAUAUUUGCUGCAGUCUACUCGAAUACGACAUCAAUCAAUCAUCGCAAAAGCUGAAGGUGCUGCAAGAUUUGAUGGACGAACGCUUGAAUGACUCGAAUUGGCGCAGCGAUGGAUCAUUCUCAAUCCCAUUGAAUGGCAAGUCGGCCGGUCCGUCUUCCAUCGACACCGGGGACAUCCUCCAGGUCCAGAGCGGCACGCUGCUGUUAAGCUUCAAUUGGCUACCCCAGCACGACCUUUAUGCGCUCUGCUACUUCCUUAGUUCGAUCACACUGAGCUGCAAAAACUCAUAUGAUGGACGCAAGGCAGAGAAGUUCUUGCAGGAGGGCACUCGAAGUUUCAAGGCGCCACAAGAGAUCACAGAAUCGGUGGUCAGUGCGAAUAGACGCGUUCAGUGGCGCAGGCUUCUCUAUUGCAACCUGCUCGUCCAGCAGGUUUUUCUUGCAUGCGGUCGCACAGAUUGGGAGCUUGCCAACAAGACAUUGAAGGAACUUCGAGAAGAAGGCCAGGAACUUGGCGACCAGCUCCCAGAUACCGUCGAGUGCCUAAUGGAGUAUGCCACCGGUGCUAUUGCACAAGCAACAGGCGACCUCACCGCAGCUCUGAACGCCUUCCAAUCUCCUCUUCUCUCAUUAUCCACUAACUUCAGCAAGACGGCGCGCAAUGAGCCACGCCGCGACAUCGCCAUUCUCGCUGCUUUAAACACCGUCCUCAUCCUCCGUGAUCCCACCCACCCUUCUCACUCCCACCUACCCACCAUAUUAUCUACCGUGGAAUCCUUUUGCACCGGCAGUCCCAACAAGUAUAUCCAAGCAGCAUACUACCUGGUCUGCGCAACCGUUCAGACCGAGUCCACGAUUCAAACCAAGCAAUACCUGCAACAAGCCCUCCAAUCCGCCACAGCAAUCAGCAACAGCCAAAUCACCUGCAUGACCCUAACCUUCAUGAGCUGGAAAUACUUCCGUGGCGUCGUCGGCGAACAAGCCGAGAAAAGUGCCCGAGCGGGCCGCGCCAUGGCUAAGAAAGCCAACGACCGGCUCUGGGUCAGCGUGACCGACGAAAUGCUAGCCGAAACGCUAGAACGUCAAGGAAAGAAUGAGGAGGCCAAAGGUGUACGGGAAGAAGGUCAUCGCGUGAUGAUGGGAUUGCCGUCUGCUUUGAAGAGACCUGUAUAG